UUGUCCCAUUACCCCAUUAUUAAACUAUUCUUAUUUAUGUUAUCUCAUCAUACAUGCAAAUGGCUCCCAAACCAAUACUUGUUGUUCUUCUUCUUUAUAUUAUCAGUGUAGGAGCUGCUAUGUCCGGUAAUGAUCCCCGGCGGAAGCUUGAGGAGGAGCACGGGAUGAGAUUCGAUUAUUCAUUCAAUAGUGGGUUUAUAAUUGGUUAUAUAUUUUCUUUAGUUUCAGUAGUAACCAUUUUUAUAUCGUAUUGCUUUCCUUGGUUUGAUUUCAAGAAAAUAAACGAGAAAAAGACUCCUUUAUCCAAGACUUUGUUAAUGGCAAAGCCUCGAAGAAUAUGCUAUCAAGAAGUUAACAGACAGUCACUGAUAUCAGAUCUAGAGAAGUUGAUUACGAGAAUGAGUUUCACAUCUCUAAAAAAAGCAACGGGUUCUUUCGGCAAACACAAUUUCAUCGGUUUGGGAAAGAAGGGGAAGUUAUACAAAGCAAAAUUUCCAUACAAUUGCUUAACUGCAGUUAAGAGGAUACAUAAUUCUCAACAUCUAGUAGAUCAAUUCUUCUCUGAGCUAAUGAUUCUAGGUAAGUUUAAGCACAUGAACAUAGUUCCUGUCUUGGGAUUCUGUAUAGAAUCACAUGAAAAACUAAUUGUAUAUAAAUAUAUGCCAAAUGGAAACCUUUACAAUUGGUUGCACCCUAUGAAUCAUGCGUCUAAGACCUUAGAUUUUCAUUCAAGGAUUAACAUAGCAAUUGGGAUAGCAAGAGGCUUGGCAUGGCUCCAUCAUAACAAUUUCAUUAUAGUUCAUAGUAACUUGUGUUCUAGUUGCAUCUUGCUCGAUAAAAACUUGGAACCCAAGAUAUCAAAUUUAGAAGGAUCUAUAUCCUUUUCCAACAUUGAUAAUAUUAGGUCGACAGAAAAGCGUUUGAUUCAAAGUGAUAUCUAUAAAUUUGGUGUUCUUAUCUUGGAGAUAAUUCUAGGUCAAGAUUUUUACAUGCCAAAGGAGACCUUCAAAGAAAGAAUCUCGCAUUCUUCCACCAGCAUUUCCACUCUUUAUAAUGCUGUUGAUAAGUCUCUAAUUAGUGGAAGAGGAGACAAUGCCAAAAUAUUUAGUGUUCUUAGUAUUGCUUGUAGUUGUAUUGAUCAAGUUCCAGAUCAAAGGCCUACAAUGCUUCAAAUUUACAAGAGACUAUUGGCCGUUAAGAAAAUAAAUAAUUGCAUGGAAGAUUCUAAGACAUCUAUUCAAACUGAUAUUUCUACUACCGAUUUUAUCGAUAUUGAUUUUGAGAUAACAGAGAUAUGAAUAAAUUGUACCGGAGACAGGCUAGAAGUAUGAUAGGCAGUGAUGGUUUGAUUUUGUGAUUAGCAGUUGAAGGUUAAUUUUUCAAGACUCAUAACUUCAUAUGUAGAUGUAUAUACACAACUUCAUGUAUAGAUGUAUUUAUAUGUUUUUUAAUUAUCACCUUACUAUUGAUAUGAAAUGCUCAUGAUAUGAGAUAUGUGUAUAUGUUCUACAAUAACUAAUCACGGCUACUACUCGUAAUAAUGUCUUUUCCAAGGAUUAAA